AUGGUUUACAGAAUAUUUGUUAUAGAAAUAUUCCUCUUGUUCGUUGGAACAGUGUAUGGAUAUAAUAUAGACAUAGAUUUUCCUAUUAUUUAUUCUUAUAACGUUAAUAAUUAUUUCGGUUACACUGUACGUUUAUACUACGAACCGGACACUGAUACACCCUGGUUGAUAGUUGGAGCACCGAAAGGAAAUUAUUCCUCGCCUUCUAUACAGAGAUUUCCGUACCUGAUCGAACCUGGUGUCGUGUUCCGGUGUGCGAUUAAAAAUAGCAAAUGUCAAAUAAUCAAGCCAGAAAAGAUUGAGAACGAAAAAGGAUACGAAACGCGGUUCGCAAUGAACAUACUUAUACGGAAACAAUUUGGUUGGUUUGGGAGUGCCAUUUCUGUAGACGAAAUAAAUGGGAUUCUGACAGUGUGCGCACCGCGGACAAUUGUAGUGAUUUCAAAACCAUUCACAAAUAUUAAUUUCGAAACUUUGCAAGGCAUGUGUUACAGUGGGAAAGUUUCUUCGGACGUGUUGUCAAUCGAAGACAAGAAUCUUAUGUCCUAUAGUUUCGAUUCGAAAUUUUGGUACAAUCCGCUUCAUGGCUUUUCUGUCCAUUAUGCUUCAAUGAAGCAAACCAAAGGCAACGAAGGCAAAAAAGAGAGAAAAAUAAAUCGCAUCGUAGGGAAGCCAAAACACGAAGAUUAUGGCACCGUGGAUGUAGUAUAUUUAAAUGAAACGAUGUCCAUAGAGUUGUCGUUUCUUGACAAUUUAUCUCAGUUUGGAUACAGCGUUGAAUCUGGUUACUUCUUCAAAAAAGAUCAAUUACUCUUCGCCAGUGGAGCUCCCGGGUGGCACUAUGUUGGCACGGUAAUAAUAGUCAACCCGGAGUCGCGUGAGUUCGUUACAAAGCUAGAUGGAACUCAUAUUGGCGAAUUUUUUGGAGCCAGUUUGGCCGUAGGGGAUUUAAACAAUGACGGUUUAGAUGAUCUUCUAAUUGGAGCACCUCUUUGGGGAGAAGAUAACGGCAGAGUCUAUGUAUUUGUCGGUACAUCCAAAGGACAAUUUGAAAUGACUCAAAUAUUAUACGGGACCGCAGAAGGAGGUCAUUUUGGAUAUGCCAUAGCUAGCGGUGAUUUGGAUGCCGAUGGAUUCGAUGAUAUUAUUGUGGGAUCACCUUGGGAGAAUGACGGCGUGAUCUAUGUAUUUAACGGCGGUUCAGAUUAUCUGGAAGUGUCGGAGCGAAUCGAAGCUGCAAAAUUUUUACGGCGUCCUUCGCAGAAAAUACAGAGAUUUGGAUUUUCAAUAUCGAAACCGGUUGAUAUCGAUGCAAAUGGAUAUUUGGAUAUCGCAGUUGGAGCAUACAAAUCAGGACACGCUAUAAUACUACGUAGUAAACCAGUAACAAAAACACAACUUUUAAUUGAGACUGUACCUAAUACUUUACAAAGAGACGCUAGGCAAUUCUUAGUUAAAAUAUGCCCGCUAUACUUUGUACGUAAUGUACGUUAUAAUAGUGAGCAAGGUACAUCUAUAAAAUCUAAGGUUACAGUUACUAUAGACGAACGUUACCAGCGAACUCAACAAACAAUUUUGGAGUUGAAAUCUUCUAACUUGACGUCAAAUGUUUGCCUAUCUGCUCAAGUUAAUAUUUCGAGAAACAUACGAGAUUUUAUCGAGCCGAUUAGUAUUUUUGCGAAACAUGAUUUUUUAUAUGAUAAUACGUCGAGUAAUUUUUGCAAAUACUGUCUUGUUGAAAAGCGAAACAAUAAAUUACAAACUGCUCAAGCUUUCCUUCCUUUCAACAUCGGUUGUGGAGAAGAUAAAGUUUGUAAUUCUAAUAUAUCCGCUACUGCAAAAUUUUAUAAUAUACAAUACAACGAUACGUGGGUUAUUGGUUCGAGCGAUAUAAGUUUAGAAAUCAGUUUGAAAAACUAUGGAGAACCUGCGUACCUUACCAUACUUGAGUUCACAUUACCUGAGAGAAUAAUGUUACGUAGCAUUUUACCCUUUUGUCAAGAAGAUAACUCGAAAGAAAAUUUGAUAGUAAUCUGUGAUACGGGAAACCCCAUUUGGAACGGAGAAGAGAGAAGUGUUAAAUUAAACUUGGAUAUGAGACACUUAAUUAAUGGAUCGCUGUAUGACCAUAAUAAAUUAUAUUUUUACGCAAUCAUAAAAACUCGUAGUAUAAAUCAUGGAACGACGAAUAUAAGCAAAACUCUUAAUUUAGUAAACGAGGUUUCUCUAUCUCUGCAUGGGAAAGCAAAUGAAGAAGCCUACUAUUUAACUACUUUAAACGAAAGUUCUUCAAAUAUUACUUUUCAACAUACUUAUCAAGUGUAUAAACUUGGAGCAUCGCCUAUAGAAGAUGCACAACUUGCUAUUAAAGUGCCAUUAGCUACUGAAGACUCAACAACUUUGAUAUACAUGUACAAACCUCAACUAUACAUAUCAGGGGAACUUUUUGAAUGCUCUUCCGAGAGUAUUUUAGUGGAUAGUCAAUUAGGUGAAGUUCAAGAGGAAUCAUUCUUAGAUAAAUUUGAUAUACACAAAAGAAACGUAGAGGCUUCAGCCGUAUACCUAAGUGACGCGAAGAAUGUUCAAACUUCAGAAACGUUGAACAAAAAUUUGACAGAUAAUAUUAUUUAUAUAAAUUGUUCAACACCUGACAUAGUUUGUACGACCAUCGUAUGCAGUUUAAAUACGCUGAAAACGUUACAAGAUGUUGGAAAGUUGGUGAUUAAAUUUUUAUUAAAUGUCGAUAAAUUUAAAGCCAACUUUAGGAAUAAAAGAGCCGUUGUCAAAUUUACCACCGAGGUGAACGUAGAAAUCAUAAAACCAGAUGAAAGGCUAGAUAUCAAUGGAACCCGUUCCACAAUAGAAGUUAUGACAAUGUUCUAUUACACUCCAAAAAUGGAAAAGCUACAGCUAUGGAUUAUUAUCGUUUCUGUUUUGCUGGGGCUGUUAUUAUUAUGCAUUUGUGUCGCAAUUUUAAACAUGUUAGGUUUCUUUAAACGGAAAGGAAAACAGGACUUAACGAAACAAGAAAUUGAUGAAGUAAGUAUUCUAUGGCAUCCUAUGAUUUUAGAAGUAAAAAUUAAUUAACAUCUUAUUCGUAAGUGAUAGAAAGCGGGAUCUUGGCGGUGAUUGAACCUGAAAAUACGUGAUAUUUAGUGGACGGGAAGUACUUAAAAAAUAUCAAAUACUUCACAUUUAUUCUGUAAAAACCAAAUUUUAUUUAAUAAAUUUCUAAUUCUUA